GCUCAGCUGACUCUUGUCUCUAUGUUCUCCUUUUCCUAUUUGACGCGAAGACGAGCAGGUCGAGACGGCAGCGGCACCCACCUUGCACCAGCCUGCACGCUUCACGAUCAAUGAGAACCUUAAUGAGACGAGUAUGUAGCGAUUUGUAUUGCCGGCUAGAUGAUCAUGAUUUUGUUAUAGAAACAAAGGAGAUUUCUCAGAAGACGAGGGCAAGUUAGUAGUUAUUCUGAGCGCCAGUUGAGAGUAUGAACGCAAAAAAGAACAUACAGAGAGAAAAGGCUGAGGGCACUUGUGGUUUGUUGGCUUCGAAUUGAUCGUCCAGAAUGAGUUGCGGCAUGAGGUUUAUAAAUAGAAGCUGCAUAUGAAAAUAAUGAAAUCUUGUCUCGGGACAGCAGUGUUAUUGUGCAAGACGACUAAGUUUGCGUACGAGAUAGGUAACAAGCAAAAGCUAUCUCGCAGAAGUACCCCCCGCCCCCCCCGGAAAAAUCGACAAUAACAUGCGGUCGAGCAGCUCUGUGCCUGUACUCCUGGGUCUGCUCCGCAUUCGAUUUCUCAAUUUCUUGACUCCAGUGGUUUACUUUUUUGAAAGCGAAGAAGGUGCCGCGACUGAGAAGCCGCGGCGAGGCUAUCUUUUACUCAGCGUCGCGGGUCAGCAGUUCAAGCGCCCGGCACGGAGAAAAACACUACCGGAAGUAAGCACGGGAGUUGAUGACGUCUUGCUGCAUCAGGCGCGGCCGCUUUCUUCGCCGCCCGCAUCGCCACAGAAGAAGAACGCGAAUCGUACCACUUUUCCCAGUUCUUCAGUCUCCGCACAGGGCGGGGCACAGCAGCAGGCAGGCGUAAAUUUGAGAACGAGCGGAGCCACUACACCAGGCGCGUCAGUUCCUCCGGUACAACCUGUUGUACCACAGUCAGGAGCAGCCCCGGGUGGCGACGAAGAUCUUGGUGAAAUCGAGCGUUUCCUGGAGCGAGAAGCCGCGCAGAAGAAAAUAUCUGGGGCCGGGGGCUCUCCCUCAGCCGACGGGCAAGUGGAAAAUUACAUGGGCGGGACGAGUUCUUCGUUUGACGCUGCGACCCAGGUGCGAAGGCAGUGUGCUGCAGAGGUCGGGACCGUAUGGCUCUACGGCGAUGUUGACCACAUGGACACGAACACAGCGGAAGAGUGCUGCGAGCGAUGCGAUCUGGAGCCCGAGUGCACGCGUUGGAGCUUUGGUUUCCGGGGCUCCAUGAAGGGCAAAUGCAUGCUGCGCAACGACGAAUCCUAUGCGAGCAAAGAGCCGGAAAUCGUGUCCGGGCGCAGGACCACACCGCUGCCCACACAAACCUCUAUCCUGAGUAAAAACGUACCCACACCAGAGUCAGGGUGGGGAUUUUGCAACACAAACCUAGGAGUUUUGUGAGUCACGCAUGACAAGUUGCACUCUGCAGUGUAGUGCAGGUUAGCAAGUGCAGCCGCGUCACAGACUCAUCUGCUCAUCCUGUUCACAGCAUCACAAAUUCCAAAACACGAUUGGAAAUGGCUCUCAUGGGGAUGCGCAUUACAAGUCUUCCUGUCUUUGCAAAUCUGCAUUACAACUCUGGCGUGGGUACGUUUUUACUCAGGAUAACCUCAGCGGGGUCAUCACGUGAAGAACUGUAG